CUACAACUGGCCUUGCACCUCCUGUUGGAAAUUUAAUUAUUAUGAGUUGUGCGAUUUCCUUAUGCGCAAUUAUUUUUUCCCUGAUUGUUCAUAUUAUUCUUCAAAGGAAAGAAAACAGAGUAUCAUCAUUUAUUCUGAUCAGCAUACUCCUCUGCAUGACUGCAAUUCAAACCAUAUUUAUAUUUGGAGUUAACAGAGUAGAACAUUUCGAGACCUGCUUACUGCUCGCUAUCCUACUGCACUACUGCUUCUUGAAAUCCUGUUUCUGGGUGGUGUCCUACAGCAUCUACCUACUGCGCAGGCUCCGCAGCGGCAUGGAGUACGCAGGGCGCAUUCGGGACUACUGCGCAGCUUGCUGGAUUCUGCCGCUGCUUUGGCUGGUUGUGUCCUCCAUCGCCAAUUCGAGAGGAUACGAGACGAAGCAGUUCUGCUGGCUAAACGUCCAGAAGGGCAUCGUAUGGUCCUUCGUGGUCCCCGUGACUGGACUGAUUUUGGUGAACACAGUGGUUAUGAUCCUUGCUCUGAAAACAUUCAGCGAGCAGAUGUCUGUAACGCAUAGAAAUGAGAUCUACAAAACGAGAACUUCAAUCAGGGCUGGAAUUACGCUACUUCCAUUUUUAGCAAUUAAUUGGUUUUUCGGAAUACUUGCCGUCGAAGAUUCGGGAAAUAUUGCACUUCAAACGGUUUUCUUCUUCACAAACGCCAUGCAGGGUAUAAUGACGUUGAUAUUCUUCUGCGUCAUGGACAACAACGUGCAGAUGUUCUUCCGGAUGAAACUGGGCGAUGUAUCAAGGAAACCAAAGAUAUCGGCCAUGAAGAUGAGAAAGAGUGGAUCGUUUCCCAUCAUGGAGAGGUCACUGAUCUCUUUCACCGAAGAUGGACGAAGACUGGACUGUACACCACUCCUCUCCAGCAGAUCGGCAUAUCACGAAACACCGGAAGACCCUUGCUGUUCAAAUAUUCGAGUGUGAUUUUUCAUCAAAAAACCGAGUUCCUUGAAGAAGGAAGGCGGAAAUCUCAACUUUUUAAUAUCCUUGCCAACCACAUGUUACCCGUUCCUUGCUGUCCUGAGAUCCGAACGUGAUCAUACUUUCAAAUUGUCAAUAUACGAUUCUGAAGUAAAAAAGAAAAAUGAUACAUAAGACGAUCACACACUUGAUGUGGCAAGGUCCAAGUAUGAUCAUAUUUUUGAAUUGCCCAUAGAAGAUUCUGAAGUAGAAAAGAAAAAUGAUACAUAAGACGAUCACACACUUGCUGUGGCAAGGUCCAAGUAUGAUCAUAUUUUUAAAUUGCCGAUAUAAGAUUUUGAAGUAGAAAAGAAAAAUGAUAUGUAAGACGAUCACACACUUGCUGUGGCAAGGUCGAAGCAUGAUCAUAUUUUUAAAUUGCCCAUAUAAGAUUCUGAAGUAGAAAAGAAAAAUACUAAGAAGAUCACACUUGCUGCCGCAAGGUCCAAGAGUGAUCAUACUUUAAAAUUGUCCAUUAGGGGUUCGAAAGUAGAAAAGAAAAAUACAAAGAAGAUCACACACUUGAUGUCCCAUUAUCUAAACGUGAUCAUACUUUCACAUUUUCCAUAUAAGAUUCUGAAGUAGAAAAGAAAAACGAUACGUAAGACGAUCACACACCUGCUGUGGCAAGGUCCAAGCAUGAUCAUAUUUUUAAAUUGCCCAUAUAAGAUUCUGAAGUAGAAAAGAAAAAUACUAAGAUCACACUUGCUGCUGCAAGGUCCAAGAGUGAUCAUACUUUAGGGGUUCUAAGGUAGAAAAUAAAAAUACAAAGAAGAUCACCUAAAGAAGAUCAUACUUUCACAUUGUCCAUAUAAGAUUCUGAAGUAGAAAAGAAAAAUACUAAGAAGAUCACACAUUCGCUAUCUCAAGAUUCAUACGUGACCAUACUUUUAAAUCGUCCAUUUAAGAUUCUAAAGUAAAAAAGAAA